AUGGAGGAAAAAAUAAGCUCUCCAACUAAACCAGCUGAAUCCCCAUUCCUAAACAAACUUAAUGACCUAUUUAGCAAAAUUCUGGGUUUUGAAAACAUAGACUACCAAUUAAAGCAAGAAAUGUUUUCUAAAGAAUUUCAGAAUGAGGAAUUGCAAGUUGAAGAGUUCACAAAAUAUUUAGAUAAAGCUGAAAUAAAGAGAAUUGAAGAUGUAAAUCAGCUGGAAAGCUAUAUAAAAGAGUUCAAAACGCAGCUAAAAGAUUGUGGAGAAAAAAAUUUUAACGAUGCCCAGACUAGGUCAAGGAUGAAAACUUAUAUGGUGCUUGGAGGGAAUUUAGAAGACAUAAAAAUCGACCAAUUAGAAGAAAGUCCAAAAGAAAAUGAAAAUAGCACAAAGUCAGCUAAUGAGAUCUCAAAUGAAGAGCCAAAUUAUGAGGAUUUUAAGACUGUGUCUUCUUCUUUUGAAGAUGAAAACAAAAAUGAGCCAGAUAAGCAUAUUUCUUCUGAAGAAAUUCGUAGCGUUUAUGAUACAACAAUUGACUCGUCAUUUACAAGAGAGCCAUCAAAAACUUAUAAGGAAAAUAGGCCAAACUCUACUACCCAAGAAGAAAUAAAGCGCUCUGCAACUAUUAUCCCUGGUCUAACAGCUCAAAACUCACAGGAGCCUCUUUCACCUGGAAUUUAUAAAAUUCCUGCUUUAAAUCUGCCAUCAAAUGAACUAUCUUCUCAAACUGCAACUGUAACCGUAUCUAACUCCCCCCCCCCCCCCUCCGUGAGCGAACAAAAAAAUUUUGUUCGCUCACGGAGGGGGGUUAAAUUUUUUUUUUUUAAAAAAAAUUUAUAUAUAAAUUUUAUAUAAAAAUAUUUUUUUCGAAAUUUAAAAAAAUCCUAAUUUGCAAAAAUUGGGAAGCAAAUAUUAAUUUAAUUUGCAAAAUUUAUGUUUUAAAACGCAAUUUGUUUUAAAAUUAAACAGAAUUAGCUCUAGAUUUCAUUAUACUAAUUAUCACUUAUAUAUCAAAAUUUUUUUCCAUUAAAAUUUUUUCUAUUAAAAAAAUUUUUGUUCACUCACGGAGGGUGGGUUUUUGGUCAAAAAAUGGCGAUUUUUCUAAUGGUUUUGUUCGCUCACGGAGGGGGGGGGGGGAGUAAGUAAUUUUCAAUUAGUCCAAAUUCUGAUCCAAAGGUAUAUACCCUAAUAACUUCUCCUUUGAAUUGGACAGUUCAGCGAAAAAUAGAAGAUUUCACAUGAUUCCAAAACAUCCUUACAAUAGCUUAUCCUGGAGUUUAUAUCCCUCCACCACUCCCUACAAAUGUUGGAAAAAGCAAAGAAGAUUCUCUCUAUAAAUUUAAGGCCUUUUUACAAAGAUUUAUGAAUGAUAUCAUAUCCCACCCACUUCUUAAGCGAUCACCAAUCGUACAUGGAUUCUUAAAAGAAGACAACAAAGACAAAUACAAGCUUUUCAAAAGGCAAUCAAAAAAGCUCAAAACACCUGAAAAAGUUGAAUUAAUGUUUUCUGUUGACAAUGUUUCCUACUGCGAUAUCUCAACUAGUAAUGAUUUUAGUAAAAAUCUGAAUGAUUAUGUUCAUAGCGCCCAAACGAUUCAAAAAAACAUAAAAAGACUGUCCGAUCAAUUUGAAGAACAGCUUAAAAAUGCAGUAGCUACCAUUGAAAAAUUGGCUUAUUCUUUCCAAGAAUUAGCUAAGAUUCAAGAAGUUUUUCCACAAAAUAAAAUCCAACAAGAAAUCUAUAUUUCUCUAAUUUCAACAACCUUGAUCGAACUGAUCGUUAAUUCAUAAUUUUUUGAAUUUAAAAUGGCAUCGUUAGGCCAAGGAUGAGGGAGUAAGCCAAACAUUUGAAUCAUGCAAAAAUUCUGACUUAGAGCGUGUAAAAUCAGUAAAAGAACAUAUAAACACGUUUUUUAAGUACUCUUAUAAUGAAGUUGCUCAACUUAAAGAUUUAAUUAAAGAAAGAGAAAAUUGGAAUAUAGAAUAUGUGAAAAAUGAAAAAAAAGUUAUGGGAAGAAAAGAAAAGUUGUGGGAGCAAGGAGAUGCUUUGAAAUGGUGGAAUAGCUCAGAAGAGGCAUAUAUGGAUAUUGAAAAGCUAAAAAAUGAUAAAGAAUUAGCAUUUUCUAAAAUGCUCCAAAAGGAAACUCAACAGUUGGAGACAAUUAGAAACUUUUAUGGAUAUUUUAAUUAUAAACUCCAAGAAGAGGUUAGGCUAGGCUAUUUAAAGACAGGCGUUAGACAUAUCGGUGAUGCGGUCACAAAAGACCUCCCGUAUGGGGAGGUUCUACCACUUUGGAUCCCAGCCCAGAGGGUCUAUUCCCUAAAAACGGGUGCCUUACAGUACCUUCUGUCUCUUCGUUGCGGCUUCAGUCCUGAAUGCUUAUGGAUUUGUGCGGCCCUGCUACGGGCGAUAGGAGUAACUUGAUUCCUAGGAUCAUCUCCUUGAAGUCUAUCAGGUGUCGAAGUGCCUUUUUUCGACAGCUACAGGAAAAAGGCUACUGUGGCAUGGGUUAAAACCCCCGGUUUCUCGAUAGAGGGAUGCCUAUGUUUCUCGAAUCCAAAAGGACAUUGCUGAGCCCCUCCAUUCCAGCCACAGGAAAGCAGCCAUAACCUACCCGGAUACACAUCUCUUGAGCCUGCACUUGAUUCUCGACUUGGAGUCUGUCCUAGUUAGCCGUAGCCAUAAAGUCUUGACUACUGCGCCAAGAUUUUUAUGCAUAUAACUCCAAGAAGAGGCUUUGAGGUUUUUCCAAAAUUCAGCCAUCAGAAAUUGCAAAAAUUUUAAAGAAUUUGCUGAUCAGGAAGCUAGCCUUGGCGCAAGGGAUAAUGACGGGUGGAAAGAGCUUGCUGAAAAAUUGCAAAAUUUGGAAGCAGAACUAAAUAAUAAUUAG